GAGUGAGAGACUGGGGAAAGGACUAACACAAACUUCUACCCAGGGGAAUAAUAAGCAGAGCCAGUGCAGGAGUCAGAACAGGGGAGAACGCAGCAGUCACCAGUGCACAGCUGUACAAGAAACACUGACAGCUGGAAGGCUGCGAAGUCCCUAAGGCACCUUCCGCCUUGACACCCAAGCAAAAACAGGGGCGGCCAAACUUACCAACUCUGCAAGCCAUAUACAACAAUCUUCAGAUGUUCGAGAGCCAGGGAGCACCUGCUGGAGCUUCAGCUGCGUGAGAGGCAUCUGCUGGGGCUCAGGACUUUAGCCCUGCUCCAGCUGAUGUUCUGAGACCUGGCAGGCGCACCCCCUGGGGCUGAAGCCCCAAGAAUCCCUCCCUGCUGGGGAGAAGCCAGAGAGCAGCAUCUGAAGCUCACCAAGGGAACCCCUGCUCUUUGGAAAGUUUUUUGGUCCUGGAUAAUCACGAUGGAGAAAUGUCAGAUAUCCAAUUGCAGCAUAAAUACCAUGAACCUGACAUGUUACAUGGUCCUCAGCAGCCCCACUCAGAAAACAGGCAUAACUGUGCUGUGCUCCAUUGUUGGGAUUCUGUGUGUUUUGGAAAACUCUUUGGUGUUGUUUCUGAUAUUUGCUUCCCCUAAGAUCAGGAAAAAGCCUUCCUACCUCUUGAUCAGCAGCCUCGCUCUAGCAGAUGUCCUGGCCAGCAUUGUAUUUGUCUGCAGCUUUCUUGAUUUCCAUGUCCUCAACAGAACUGAUUCCUCUAAAGAGAUCUUCUUGCUGAAGCUUGGAGGGGUCAACACGUCCUUCACCGCGUCCUUGGGCAGCUUGCUGCUGAUGGCAUUUGACCGUUAUGUCUGUAUCCAUCGGCCAUCGGAAUACAAGGUCAUCGUGACAAGGAAAAGGGCUGUGGUGGCUAUGGCUGUGGUGUGGAUAGCUACCAUGUUCACUGCCUUCCUGCCUCUAAUGGGGUGGAACUGCUGCAAGGUAAACUCAACCUGCUCUGAGCUGUUUCCCUUUAUUGAUAGCAAGUAUCUGUCAAGCUGGAUCUGCCUGGUAAUGAUUCUGCUGCUGUGUAUAGUGUACGCCUAUGUCCGGGUGCUGUGGAAGGCUCAUAAGCACACAGUGUACAUGGAGAAACACCAAACCCAGGCUGGGCAGCGGAAUGCAAAGAUGAGGAUGGACAUCACGCUCGCCAAAACAUUAGUGAUGGUCCUGGCCAUUGUCGUGACAUGCUGGUCCCCAGUGCUGGCUCUCAUGACGUACAGCCUCUUCGUCAGCCUGAAUGAUCAGAUCAGAAAGGGAUUUGCCUUUUGCAGCACCCUCUGCCUGGUGAACUCCAUGGUGAAUCCCAUUGUCUACGCCCUACGAAGCAGGGAGCUGCGCUCCUCUUUGAGGAACACUAGCUCGCGGUUCAGGAAGAAGGUGAGCAUCUCAGAGAUCACCCCGGAAGCAGACAGCAUUCAGAAAUCCUCACAGAUAGAAACCAUCUGUGACGACACUGUGUGCAACACAAACAUGAAUCUGCUGAAAGCCUGAGCUUUGACGGGGGAAACAUAUGACAGAUUUUGGAUUCUUUCUUUGAAAAGGAAGAAAAUCUAAAGCUGCUUUUCUUUGUAGCUCCUGGGAGGAUUCCUGACUGAAUGCCUUGCCUGGGAAAUGAAACCAUUUGUCUUUAAUGGUGUUGUGAAACAUUUGCAGAUCACACCCUCCCUGUGCCUGGGACUUUACUUAGUGAGAAAAAGACAUGAGCCCUGAUUUGUAAUGGUAUUUAGGCACCUAACUCCCAUUGAUUUCCAAGGGAAUUAGCUGUCUAAGUACCUUGAAAAAUCUGGGCUGCUGGUCCCUCCCCUCUAAAGAGCAGAUACACCCAACCAAAGGAAGACUGGACCAACUCUACCAUACGAAUACUACAGUGAUAGCAUAGCAGGCUUUCAGAGAUACUACAGUGAUGGGUGCUCUACAAACAUCAUGGAUGGACGGAUAAACAGAAGCAGUCCCCACUAUUUUAGGGCAGCCCUCUCGGUUUACCAGACUAAGUCCACAACUGUGUCAGCUAGUGAUCUCCUUGACCCACUCAUCUUGCAAUCAAUUACCUCUUUCCUCCCUACUCUAAAAUGAAGUUCUGGUCCAAGUAAAAUGUGCUUUGAUCCAUGUGGCUGUAGCACAAGGCUGGUCUAUGACCACUCUGCUGCUGGGACUGCAACAUUUUAUAUGCAGUUGUGGUUAAAUACGCUAAGGCAUCAAGCAGACCGCGGUGGUGGGGAGAGCCCCGCUCUCCCAUUAAACUCAGUGGAAGUUGAGCACCUUGCAGGAUGGAGCCCUCAGUGGGUCUUAUGCCCAGAUACUCAAAGGUAUUUAGGCUCCUGACUUCCACUGAAAUCAAUUGGUGCCUAAAUAGCUUUGAGGAACUGGGCAGUCUGAGAGCCUCAGUGUUUAGGAGUUUGACUGUGUUUCCAGGAACAUUUACAGCCAAGUAUGGCUCCAAAGGAAGUGUAUGAAUGUGCUUUACUUUUCAUCCAACUAAGGAGGCACAUUUAUCCCUAAUGUAAUUUCAAUGAUGGCAGGGAGUGGGGGGGGGGAAGCUGGUACAAAUUACCAGGGCCCAGCAGUCCGGAAGGGGGCCCGGCUUCCCUGGCUUUGUCGGCCCUGUUUAGCCGGUCUGCCCUUGCUGGGGGGCCCGAAAAACAUUUUUCACCGGGGCCCGAACCCACUCUCGGCAGCCCUGGCAGUGUGCGAAGCCCCCGGCUGCCCCUAUGUGUAGGAGCCGGAGAAGGGGACAUGCCACUGCUUCUGGGACCCAUGUGGAGUGGGGCAAAUCCCCGCUCUUGCUCCCUGGCUGGAGUACUGGAGUGGGGCAAGCCCUGGAUCCUGCUGCCUGGUGGGAGCUAGAGGGCUGGAUUAAAACAUCUGGAGGGCUGGAUGCAGCCCCCAGGCCGUAGUUUGCCCGCUCCUGCCCUAGAGUAACUAUGCAGUUAUAUGCAGUGUUGUUGUAGGUCUAUGCUAUUUGUCGCCAGUGGCUGCUACGAUAGAAAUUAGGAUGCCUUUGCAAAAUUAUGUUGUGACAUUGCACUCUAUAGGAUUUUAUGAA